GACAUUUUAUUAACUAAUGGAAUUUUUGAUUUAUAAACAUGCUCCUCGAGAGGAGGUUAUUACACAUUAUUGUCAAAUUAAGUGUUGGAAAUCAUGCCUCAAAGUACAAUUUGUGUAUUUCUGCUGUUGGUGCUUUUGCGAAAAAGGAAAGCCCAGGAUGCUCGAACGAGAACUCUCCGGAGACUGCGAGAACUUCGAGACAAAAACAAUGCAUUUGUCCUUCCAGAAAACACAUUUCGAAGGAAAUACAGAUUUCCGCGUGCUUUGGCAAAAGAUUUGAUGGAUGAGUUGAGUCCUUUCGACGAAGGAAUUGAAGAAGAUAUUCCUUUCUACAUAAUGGUUUUAUCUACACUGUACUUUUACGCGAAUGGUAGUUUCCAGGGAGUAGUUGGCAACUGUAAUACUCUUAAUACAAGCCAAUCUUCUGUCUCUCGAAAUUUAUCAAAAAUUACUAAUCUAAUUGUGCAGCACUUGGCUCGAAAGUACAUUUCAUUUCCAUCAACAGACGAAGGGAAAAAUAUAGUUCAGAGAGGAUUUCUUGAUAAAUUUGGCGUUCCAAACAUCCUGGGAACGCUUGAUUGUACACAUGUAGCAAUUUCAAAGCCUUGGAGUUCUGAUAUAGAGCAUCAUCCUCGUCAUUACCGGAAUCGUAAAAAAUAUUAUAGUAUUAACGUGGAAGCUUGUUGCACAUCUGACCUGAUUUUUACAAGUGUAAAUGCUCGAUAUCCUGGAGCUGUUCAUGAUAGUUCCAUAUGGGUGAUGUCUCCUGUUCGUGAAUAUUUACAGCAAAAUUUUGAUUUAAAUAAUCCACUAUUCUUACUGGCUGAUUGUGGCUAUCCAACAGAACCCUGGUUGCUAACGCCAUAUAUAGAGCCUCAUGAGGAUUUUCAAAGUUUCUAUAAUAUGAAGCAUAAACAGGCUAGAAAAUGCAUUGAACAAGCUUUUGGUGUUUUAAAGGGAAGCUUUAAAUGUUUGUCUAAAACGCGAACCCUUUAUUAUCGUCCGACAAAAGCUGGGAAUAUAAUAUAUGGCUGUGUGAUCCUGUACAACUUCUUAAAAUUAAACAAUUUUCCACUGAACGAUGUGGAAGAAUUGGAAGAUCAAUCAGUGGAGUUUGCCAUUGAAGAAGAUGAAGAUUUACUACAAAUGGCUCGAAACAUCCGAAAUGACUACGCACAAACACUUCACCCAAGACUUCACCAAUAGAAUUCAUUUGAAUCGCUUCAAUAUAUUUCAAUGACUUGUAAUCACAUGAAUUCAUUUGUACUGUAUUUUUUGAUAUCAGAAAGUAAUACAAAAAUAUUAUUCUUUAUUUUGUGUUUGGCGAUUUCCAGCGAUAAAGAAACCCACCAUAUCCUUAAGAGAAUUAGCGAUGGUAGCAAAGCUCUCAGCGUUCUUCUCAGCAAUUUGAGCAUUUUUCUGGUUGACUUUAUUUUGGUCAGAAAGAACAUUCAGAAUCUCUGCCAUAUCAGGAUCACGUAGCAAAGAUCGAGACUUCUUUUUCGGUGGAAUUACCUGCUC